CCGUCCAUUUCCGUCGCCGCCGCACCGAUAGGCGGCCAACGGUGUCACUACGCCACUCCGGCCCCACGCGCCAAAGACAGCACCGGCAACAGAACAAUUAUGGCGCUUCGCGCGGCGGAGCUCCGGCGACUCCUCCUCCUCCGCGGCAACGCGGUCCUCCCGCUCCCGCUCGCGUCGCGCUGCCGGCCGGCGAGCACGUCCGCCCGUGACGGCGAGGGAGCGUCCAGCAACGCCUACGACGUGCUCGGGGUGGGGGAGACGAGCUCCACCACGGAGAUCAAGGCCUCCUUCCACCGCCUCGCCAAGGAGACCCACCCCGAUGUCGCUGCCGCCGCCGGUUCCCGCCGGUUUCUUCAGAUCCUCGCCGCCUACGAGAUUCUAUCCGAUUCGCAGCGAAGGGCUCACUAUGAUAGCUUCCUGCGUUCACAGAGGGUAGUUAUGCAGAAGCAUCCUAGGCCAUCGCAGAGUGUAUAUCCAUAUGGUUCAGGCGUUGCGGCGCCUAGAGAAAGUAAUGUUGUCGAAUGGCUUAAAUGGUAUAGGCUUACCGUCGAUGACAUUGUCACGAAAAAGAGGAUCGCCACGGGCUCAAGUUAUUUUGAUAGGCUUGAAAGUGAGUUGUACUCCGCAGUCCAUGCUGCGUACUAUGGCCCAGAGGUCGAGUCCAUGGAUUUCCUUCCUGAUUGUUUUGAGGCUGAGGAGAGGUCUGUAUAUGAGACCUCUGAGCUAUUGCACCUUGUAUCAGGCCGCGAUCUGUUUGGUAUUGUUAGUCUAGCUGAUAGCGUCCAAGAGCUGCCAGAUGCUUGUCAUCAGAAGCUGCCACAUGCUGGUUUUGGAACUUACGUGGUUACUCCAAACGUUACAAUAAACACGGAGAAAGAUUCAAUACCUAGUCCUGUAAAUAUUCACAAGAAAGCGGACGAGGAUAGUGAGAAUCCCCCAUCAGAUGCCUACAAGGAUGUUGAAUUGCGAAUCUGUGGGAGAGUAGUGGCCACUGCAAAUAGGAGGCCCAAGUGCAAUUGCAUCAAUAAGUCAGACGUCGAAGAUCACAUACAUGUGUUUCUUGUCCCAAAUGAAGUGGUUGCAUCUGAUGGGACACAUGAGCAUCUUCUUCUGGGAACAAUCACUGGGUUGGACACCACUGGGGAGGAAGGAUCUUGCUAUGUCUACGAUGGCCGUGGAACAGAGACCCAUUUAAUUGUGAAGCAUAGGACACUGAUGGUUAAACACAUGCACUGGUAUCAAGUUGGAGACAAAGUUUCACCCUGUGAGUGUCGAUGUAGUAGGGCUCGGUUGCCACCUAGCAGGUAUUGGCUUUUUGAGCCGCGUUGCUACAUGCAUGACACUGGUGGUUGGUACAUUGAGACAUUUGGGAGAGACAGGAAAGGGAGGACAGUUCUAUCACCAAGACAGUGGGAUGGUGUCAAUGAGCAAUCUGAAAAGAGAUUGCAUCCCGCACUGUAUCUGGUGGCUCUGGCAUACAGAUCUCUAGACCUUGAGGAUGCUCGAAGAAGAAAAUGGAACAUCAGGAAUUUCCUAGAUCUGCAGUUAUCUCAUAUCCGUCAGUUAAGCAAACAAAUAUUUGAUGGGAAAAGAGGAGCUGAUAUGGGAACAUGAUGAGAAAUGAGCAGCAGUUUUAGGAAUAGGAUAUCCUUCUUCGACAAUUUCUCUAAGCUGUGCUGCCUUAUUGGUUCUGACAAUCCUAUCUUUUGGGAGAUUGUAGCUAUACAGCAUUGUGGCACUGGAUAAUGAAUUAGGGAUUUAAUAAUGCAGCUCUCCACAAAUCAUUACCAGAAGCCCAGAACCUUCUUAAGGCUGUUCACUGUUUUGCAUGCUUGAUGUCGACAACUGGUAAACAGUAUUAACCAGGCCGAUGGCAGGAAUUGCAAGCAGUUUGCAUGAAAUAGCUGAUCAUACGAUGCGGCAUGUUUUUGCAUUGGUGUUGGUGUCCAACAAUCCAACAUAGUGCACAUGUGUAUAUGUUUGAAAGUAUCUUAAUCGACACUUAUGGAACAUUCUACAGCCAUGUCGUGGUGCCAGUGGAGGGACAUGGCGUAUUGUUUGGCUUAAUUGAGCGGACUUUCGUCUGCUUUGCAUACCAAUGUUACCACUACAGCAGUAGAGAAGAGGUGGCGGCACCUGCUGACUGGUAUAUUCAGAAAGACGAAUGGCUGUAGCCGCAAAUCUGUGAAGUGUGACAUGGUACUUGGUUUGUGCUUUGUACUAUAGACUUGCUCCAGUACUCCACUUUCUUGUAUCGGCCUCCCAGGAUUUUUUUUUUGGAAACCAAAACCUCCUAGGAAAUAAGAGCACACGCCUUUCAGUAAGAAACAUAUUGACUUGAGAACUUGAGAUAGCCAAAAAUCCAAACUGUCUGGUAUCAUGGAGGAAGAAGGAACAGCGAAGCCCUUUCAAGCAUUUGAACAGCUGAAAUCUCUCACUGGCUUUGAACUAACUGUCCGUGGCUUGUGCUUUUUUGCUAAUGGCCUUAAUUGUUAUAUUAGUUAGCUUAGAUGUGCUAUCACGUAUGAAAUGUGCAAUUAAAAUGUCUGUAAUUGAAGUUGGGGCUGUGGUUGUCUACUGUAGAAAUUUCUCCGAAUGCUGUGAAAACUGAGAACAAUAGUGUUCCUUUAAAGUCCCCGUGAAGUUACCGCGUCUUUGCUCAACAAUGGCAGACUAUAUACUUUCCAUGAA